AAACAAUAUGGCGGUCGAAAGUGAAUUAGUUUUAAAAUAUUUUACAAAAUGACGGCUUUAAAAAACUGCAGCGCUGAACUACGGAACUACCUGUUUGACUACAAGCUCCCAGAAGUCUUUGAGGUAUUAUAUUUCUGGUUUCGUUGUGGAAAUUGUUUAUUUUUUGCGGUUAAUUAAUGGCCAUUUGUUGAACUUUUAAUAUUCUAGGCAUUGCUAACAGGCCUUGCUAUCGAGUGUCCGUCUGAUGCCUGUGAAUUUGUUGUGGAUAAACUUUCAUUGCUAAAUAGUAAUCCCGACGCAUUGGAAAGCUUACAAUGGUAUGAUAAAAGGUUUUGUAUUCAAUAGUUGUGCAUUUCUCGACUGUUAAUUUAGAAAUUUGACACUUUAUUUAUCAAUACCAAAUUUUAGGGAUUCAUUUGUAAGUGCAGAAAACAUGCCAAAAGACCAUUUGUUAAGGCGAGAAGUUUUGUGGUGUUAUGAAGAUGAAAAUUCACAGGUGCUGAAAAAUUGAUGAAACUUUUUAUAAACAAUAGACUUCUAUACCAUAUUGUUUACAAUUAAGAAUAAACAGAUUUACAGUCACUUGCGCUUUCUCCCUAUUUGCUAGCCACAGAAUUAAUUUAUUCAUGAGGCACACACACAAAAAGUUUAUGAGGUGUGCAGCCCAUGUGACAGACAAGCAUAUUGCCUGAAUAUCCACAUUUUGUUAUAAAAUUUUAAAUAGCUGGAGUCAAUCAGUAAAUUAAUUUACAGUCCAUGAUAAAGUACUGUAGUUCAAAUUAACAGAGGCGCCAGAAUAUCGAUAAUUGGGGGGCAGAUAUUCAUAUAUUUGUGUUCUGCCCAAUUAAUUUCUUUUGAAAUCGAUUGUUUUUACAAUCUGUGAACACGAAUAUAUGAAUAGGUAAGUAAACAGGGAUCCCUGAAUAUCCAUGUCUUUUGUGUGUACGCAGUAUGUACCUAUUUUUAUCCUGUGUACGCGAUGAGUAUCUAUUUUUUACUAAUGAUAACAUAUAAUAUUUGCUAUAUACAUGUAUUAUAUAUUUGAUUUUCAGCCAACACCAGAGAUGUACCUACGAGCAUACAGCUUGUAUAAUUACAAACUAAAGCUCAUGUGUCUACAGUAAGUCAAGUCAUCAGCUUGUGUUUAUUUGCACUUAAUAGAUCUUUAUCACCAUAUUUAACCAUAAUACCACAUUUAAUACCAUAGCAUUUCACACUUUACCAUGGAGUACUAUACUAUACCAUACUGUACCAUACCAUAACAUAUUCUGCACCAUACUGUACCAUCCCAGACUGUACAAUACCAUACUGCAUCAUACCAUACUGUACCAUACCAUACUGUACCAUACCAUACUGCACCAUACUAUACCAUACCAGGCUGUACAAUACCAUACAGCAGCAUACCAUACUGUACCAUCCCAGACUGUACCAUACCACACUGCAUCAUACCAUACUGUACCAUACCAUACUGCAUCAUACCAUACUGUACCAUACCAGACUGUAGAAUACCAUACAGCAUCAUACCAUACUGUACCAUCCCAGACUGUACAAUACCAUACUGCAUCAUACCAUGCUGUACCAUAUGCAAUACUGUACCAUACUAUGCUGUACCACAUACCAUACUGUACCAUAUACCAUAAUGUACAAUACCAUACUGCAGUAUAUCAUACCAUACUGUUCCAUAUGCAAUAUUGUACCAUACUAAACUGUAUCAUAUACCACACUGUACCAUAUACCAUAAUGUACAAUACCAUACUGCAUCAUACCAUACCAUACCAUACCAUACCAUACCAUACAAUAUAUCACACCAUAUUGUACCAUUAUACCACAUUGCACCAUACAAUACACUGUACCAUACCAUACCAUACUGUGCCAUUCCUUACCAUAUUGUACCAUUAAGUCCAUACUUAAAGUCAUAGUAUAUGUACUAUGCUGGCACUAUCUCACCUAUACACAAUGCUAAGCAACUUCCACUUCAAUCUACAUGACAUAAAUUAAUGUGUUUUCAGAGGGUGGAUAAAAUUUCAUGCAAUGAAAAAAGAAAAGAAGAAAAAUUUACUGAUAGGAUUAAACAAUGCUCGAAGUUAUCAUAAAAGAAGAAAACUGAGAGUUUUCUUUAUGGCGUAUUAUGUAUCCUUUAACUAAUAUUCCUUGAGUUAUGAAUUUUCACUGAGCUAACACUGAUGACAAAAACUACAAGAACAAUAUUCGGUUGAAGUUGUUGAACCAUUGAAAAUUUAGAAACUGGAAAGCUGAGUACACUUUCAGAGCCUGAAAUAACGGUUGGAGGUCGAACAUUUUCCGACCAAGUUAUACCGAGUGUCAAAUCUGAUUUUGGUCGGACAUUUUCUGGGCAAAUUUUGAACGUCAUUUCCGAGUUUAGGCUUGAUUAGGUUUACUUAACACUUUUUUUGUUUUCAUCGCCGUACAUAAUUCAGUCGUUAACUAUUGCGAACGCACUUCUUGAAAUCAUGAAGGCAGAAUCUUUACAGAUCGAACGUUUCACGAAAGAAGUUUUGUUGCCGCCACACUCAGUGCACAGGCGUUUAUUUCUCCUUGACACUAAUGUAACAGAACUGGUAUAGUGAUUUAAAGAGUUUGCAAAAAG